AGGAGCGGCGCCACUCGCCGCGGCAGUAGGCGAAGCAGCAGCCGAAGUUCCUUCCUUCCAGAGGAGAGCAGAAGACUCGGCAGCCAGCCCCGCUCGGCGGAGCGGUGACCCGCGGCGUGGCGGCGCGGGCGAUUCCGCCGCCGCGGGGAUCAGGUUUCUCCUCCUCCUCCGCGUCCGCGGGCGCGCCGGCGAUGAGGGCUGGCGGCGGCGGAGGGAGGAGGGAGGGGGCGUCGCUGUGGCUGUGGCUGCUGCUGAUCGCCACGGCCUGCGGCUUCGUCUUCCUCCUGCUCAACCUCCCCGACCAUCGCCACCAGUCUCGCUCCGGUGGGGAGCGGACGGGAGGGGCCCGAUUGUCGGCGAAUGAAAGGCUCCAGAUUGGAGAGGUCACGCGGCUAAACGCCCUGCAUGAAGAGAUAGAAGGGCAAGCCGAUGUAAUAGCUGCCGAGGAAGAUGAAAGAAUCUCCAGAUCUCCCCCUAGCACUAAAGAGAAGAUAUGGGUGAUGCAAGAUCAGCUGAUUAUGGCCAAGGCUUACUUGCAGUUUGCUUCUUCACAUGGCAGCUCCCAUUUAGCCCGGGAAUUGAAAUUGAGGAUGAAAGAGAUAGAAAGGGCGAUAAGUCACUCUAGCGGCAGUUCCCGUGUAUCUGGCAGUGCACUGCAGAAAAUGAAGGCUAUGGAAUUUACCUUAUCAAAAGCUCAGAAAGCCUACCCACAUUGCUCUCAGAUGACAUCAAAGCUACGUGCAAUGACACAUAAUAGCGAGGAAUUGGUCAGAGCUCAUCGAACUGAAUCUUCAUUCCUUGAGCAGGUUGCUGUGAGGACAUUACCUAAAGGCCAUCACUGCCUAGCAAUGCGACUUACCUCAGAAUAUUUUUCUUUGGAUCCUAAGGAACGUGAGUUUCCAGAAAGAUUCAGCUUGCCAAUGGACGACUUUCAUCAUUAUGCCAUAUUCUCGGACAAUGUACUAGCGAGUGCAGUGGUCAUAAACUCUACAAUUGCUGCAUCCAAGGAUCCAAAAAGGAUAAUGUUUCAUGUUGUAGCUGAUGCGUUGAGUUUCCCUGCAAUGAUGAUGUGGUUUCUGUCAAAUCCACCCAGUCCCGCUACAAUUCAAAUUGAAAACCUGGAUGAGUUUAAAUGGCUCCCGUCGGAUUUCAGUUCUAGAUUUAAGCAGAAGGGCAUUCGAGAUCCAAGAUACACUUCUGCACUUAACCACUUACGCUUUUACUUGCCUCAAGUAUUUCCUUCUCUGAGCAAGGUUCUACUCUUGGACCAUGAUGUUGUAGUCCAAAAAGACUUAAGUGGAUUGUGGGAGAUAGAUAUGAAGCAUAAAGUAAAUGGUGCUCUUGAGACAUGCACUUCUGGCUAUGGAUACCUUCGAUUAGAGAACUUUGUUAAUUUCUCUGAUCCAAGUAUCUUCAACAAGUUCAAUGCAAAGGCUUGCAUAUAUGCAUUUGGGAUGAAUAUUUUUGACCUUACGGAAUGGCGCAAUAAGGGUUUGACUGCAACUUAUGAUAAAUGGUUUCAGAUGGGCAAAAGGCGCAGACUUUGGAAGGCAGGAAGCUUGCCACUGGGCCAGCUUGUCUUCUAUAACCAAACAGUGCCUCUCGACAAUCGGUGGCAUGUUCUUGGGCUCGGACGGGAUAGCAACAUGGAAAGAGAAGAAAUCGAGAGUGCCGCUGUCAUCCACUACAGCGGGAACCUCAAACCCUGGCUGGAGAUCUCCAUCCCCAAAUACAGAGACUACUGGAACAGGUUCCUUGACUACGACAACACAUACUUGCAGCAGUGCAACAUCCACGGGUAGAAAAACCAAUGGUUAGGCGAGGAGGUUUUUACAUGAUGGCUCGUGAAUACGCAGUUUUUGCUAUAGUACUAAUAGUAGUAUGCAGUAAGCUGACCUUAUUCAUUCUUUUGUAGAUUUGCUCCUAGACGUCCUUUUCUGUAGUUAGGUUUUACAUGUCCUUAGCCACUCCUCCAAAUGUUGUGCAAAAGUAAGAAAAAAUAGACAUGGUUAAAUAAAAAUGGUAUGAGUACACCAAUAGCGCUGGAGUUUUCAACGAGCUGCUUUCUGACAUUGUCGGUUGACAAAUUA